GGUAGAUCUAUAUUGAAGAUGGAAGGCGCAGCGACGCCCACUGUGAUAACGUCUACCAGCAGCAGCGCGGAAAACUUUUACACCUCUACUCUGGCUUACGACAGACACUUUUUUCGUACUGCUUCGGGGCUCCUCGUUUUCGCAGAAAUAGUGUUUGGUCUGCUGGUAUGGACGCUGAUAGCGGGGACAGACUACUUCCGUGUGUCUGCCUUUGGGUGGGUCAUGUUUGUGGCCAUCUUGUACUGGGUCCUGACAGUCAUCUUCCUCAUCAUCUACCUGACCAUGGCUUACAACAGGAUCCCUCAGGUCCCCUGGACAGUUGUGGGCCUGUUCUUCAACAGUAGUGCUACAUUCUUCAACAGUAGUGCUACAGUGAUGUAUGUGGUGGCAGCAGCAGUGGAUGCAGCCUCAAUCAGCCAUGCUGUUAAAGGGCGCCAUAACUACAACUGCUGGGUAGCAUCUACGUUCUUUGCCUUCCUGGUCACGCUCUGCUAUGCAGGAAGUACAUUUUUAAGUUUUAAAUCGUGGCGAUCGAGGGAUGAGGAACAAUAACCAAUCACAAAGGACAUCUAAAGUAUAUCCGUUAUGGUACAGGAUAUUGAAAAGUACCGAUGGUUAAGUGCAACAACCACUCCUUGCCUUUGGAAUACAUUUCUCUUUGAUUUAAUUUAUGUUCUAUUUCUGUUAUUUUGGAAUUGUGGUGUGUUUCAUCUGUUGGAAUGACAGAGCCUGAACCUCAGGGAUGUUUGUACUUCUUAUGAACUCAAAUGUUUUUUUAAACAUUUGGAUGAAAAUGACUGAAGCUAAUAAAGUGGCUAUUCUAUUGUUCUGAAGCUGGAGAUCAAAGCUUUAACUCCAAUAUUAAAAUGGAUUGGACAGUAAUGUUGUACCACACUAGAUGGUGCUAAGAUACAAGGCUGAGAAACAGGGCUUAUGAAAGACAUUACAGUCAAUUAUCUUUUUGAUUAAUCAAAAAAAGAAUCAUAUACGAAUAAUAUCUUUUACUAAUAGGAGUCAGCGACA